AUGAAUGCUGACAUAGAACAGGCCGUAAGCAACUGUCCAUCUUGUGCGGAGUAUCAGAAACAGCAAAACAGAGAGCCUCUAAUGCCAACACCAACUCCAGAUCUACCAUACACACAUGUUGGAACUGAUGUAUUUGAAUUCAGAGGCAAGAAAUAUCUGAUUCUGGUGGACUUCUACUCAAAAUACAUUGACGCCGUAGAACUCAGAUCAGAGACAACAACAGCCAUAAUAGAAGCCAUGAAAACAGUUUUCGCGUGCCAUGGACUUUCAGGAAAACUCAGGUCUGACAAUGGACCACAGUUCAGCUCAGCUAACUUCAAAACCUUUUGCGCAGAGCUUGGAAUUGAACACGAAAGAAGCAGCCCUCAUUUUCAAAGCUCAAAUGGCGAGGCUGGGAGAGCAGUACAAACUAUAAAGAUCCUAUGGACAAAAUGUGACGACAAGCAGCUUGCUCUGCUAGAUUACAGAACAACUCCACUAGAAAACAUUAAUCUGUCACCAGCUCAACUGUUAAUGGGACGCAGACCUAGGAACACGCUUCCGGCAUCACAAGAUCUACUUAAACCAGCAACACACGACCUAAGAAAAGUACAGCAACACCUUAAUGUCCAGAAAGCCAAGCAGAAACUUUACUAUGACAGGAGACACCCCUAG